CGUUCACAGUCCUGAUUCCUUCGCUGACACCACAACCGAUGUGACGGUGGACGAUCUUAACUCAAGGAAUCAAAAUGAUACCGCGAUAGCUAAAAGAGGGCUAUUGGACAAUGCUCAUGGCGCAGCCAAUGGACCAAGGACGAAAGGUGAUACUUCAACGGCCGAACAAGUUUUAUUGAACAAAUCCGAGAGUAACACUAAGCCGAAAUCUCGCAACAAUCGGAAGACUUAAGAUUGACUUCGUUUUGGUUGGGGAUGGGAAUUUCUGGCUUGGACCGUAGCUUUGAUGUCUAUGUGUGCAAUCAUUGGAAUUCUGCUCAAGUUCCGCGGCAGAGCGCUCUCGGAUCGGCCAUACCGCAUCAAGCUGAACACAUUAGUCUCUAUCUUCGCCCAGAUUAGCUCAACAGCACUUGUUGUAUCACUAUCUGAAUGCAUCAGUCAACUCAAAUGGCUUUGGUUUGCCCAACGCAAUCAGCCUCUCAGCGACUUUGAUACUUUCGACGAGGCAAGCCGCGGGCCGUUAUCAAGCGUUGUCCUUAUUUGGAAAACUCGGGCUAGCAUUCCGCCAUUUACUGUUGCGUCAGUAUAUGCCGGCAUGAACGGCGGAGUAGAACUCUCGCAAGUUAUUCCCACCUGUCCAACGGGCAAUUGUACCUGGAGCCCCUACAACUCUCUAGCACUCUGUGCCAAUCCUGUUGCGAAUUUAACACAUUCUUUAAACGUUACAAACGCCUACGAUGGAUCGCCUAUGAAUGGUUCUUGCGCCUUGAUGGAAUGCAAAUACUCUUUACCUAACGGCUUGUCUCUUGCUCCAGACAGUAGUGGCGCCAUGACCGUCGUCCAAGUAGCAUCCUUGUCUCUAAAUGGCACCAAUGUCUCGCAAAGAUCUUCGCCAUCGAAUUUGACGUCCAUUGCCUUUUCUGAUAUACCUGUCGUUCUGGACUUUUUCAUGAUAUACUCAGAUCAGAGCUACGCUAACGUUGCCGCCCUAGAGGCGUCCCUUAGUUUCUGUGGCCAGACUUACAAUAGAUCUGUUGCAGAAGGCAAAGUCAAUACGACGGAAUUAGAUAGGUGGGGCUCCCUCGACACAAGAGUUGCGGCCGCUUCAUCUGAACCUAUCGUCAAUUGGCCUAUUGUUGGCAACUCUACGACUUUAUGGGUAGAAGAAGCCUACGUGGACUCGUUGCAAUACACAUUAUCUUCUAUAUUCAGUGGAACUUAUACAAUACAAGUCGGCGGCACUGCAGAAACUCAACUCAGUUCAGUUGCUGUGCAAGCCUUGAACAACACCAUAGGCGGUUCUCUGGACGACGUGGCUGCUUUCCAGUCUUUCAUGGAUGACUUAGCAGUCAGUAUCUCAAAUAACUUUCGGACUGGUGUUGGAAGUACGACGGUCAAUGGAGCGAACAACAGUCUUCAGACUUACAUCUCUGUCGACUGGUACUGGCUCAUAUUCCCUUGCUUCAUGCUUCUUUUUGCCAUGAUAUUCUUACUGGUAACUAUCGCCAAGAACCAUGCACGGCGAGGAGAAGCUUGGAAAUCGUCAAGUAUAGCAGUCUUGAGCGGGUUGAGUAGUGAUGCGAAAGCUAAAUUGGGAGAUUUAACUUUCAUGACUUCAAUGCAAGAAAGGGCUAAAGAAAUUAGAGUAAGGCUAGUUGAGGAGAAUGGCCACUGGCAGCUCGUUGCAGCGUGA